AUACCAAAAAAAAAGUAUCAAGAUGAAGUUCUUCAAUACCCUUCUAAUUGCAGCCGCCAUCGGCAGCAGCUACAUUGCUAAUGUUCAAGCUUGUAUUACUGCUAAGGCCGACCUGGAUGGACGCAAGUCACCUAGCACUUCGGCAGCUAGAACCUCCAAUGUAUACAAAAGUGGAGCAUGUAUCAACGUUAAGUGUCAAACUACUGGAUCAACCUUGUAUGGCAGCAACAUUUGGGAUUAUGAUGGCAAAUAUUACCUUCCCGAUGCUUAUGUAAAGACUGGCUACUCUGGAUUUGAUCCCAAAAUUCCUCGAUGCGGUAGCACUGGUGGUGGUAGCAGCGGUAGCGGAACUGGAGCAGCCAUCGUGAAGAAAGCUCAGACUCAAACUGGUCUUCCCUACUCUUGGGGAGGAGGUGAUAAUAAUGGACCCACAAAUGGUAUUUGCUGCUCUCCGAGCGGAUAUGAUGAUAGACAUGUCAAAGGAUUCGACUGCAGUGGUCUCACUAAAUAUGCUAUCUACCAAGUCAAGAAGAUUUCUCUCGCUCACUACACUUGCUCUCAGUAUAAUGAUAGCCGAGGAAAGAAAAUUGCAUUUUCUAGUGCACAACCUGGUGAUCUCAUAUUCUAUGGAAGCGACUCUCAAAAAUGCAACGAACACGUUGCUAUCUAUGCUGGAAAUGGCAAGAUGGUUGAAGCAGAACAACACGGUGUCCCUCUAGGUACUCAUACUAUACGCAGUGGUCAUGCACCUUACGUUGUUCGGUUCUAGGCACAUAUUAUCGGAGAUGUAGCUAGAAUAUGUCCAAUGUUUCCAUUCAUCUAAACUCAUGAUAUAUAUUAUCCUUGAAGAAAAUAAAUACAAAUAUUGCG